AUCUGCUUAAAGGGGCCGCGGGCACUUCCCUCCAAUCCUUCCCGCCCCCCCCAACCCCCGCUCCGAAACAGCGUCUUCAGGGCUCCAAGCAACUGGGCUAGAAGGGCUCUCCUCACCCUCUGGAACAGCCUGCCUGAGAGGAAAGACGAACCAGGCGAGAAGCAAAGAAGGGACAUCGUAUUUCCAACACGCAAGAAAGAAAGGAAGGAAGAAAAAAAAAAAAAAAAACUCCAAGCGGCGUAGAGUGGACUCUGGUCCGGGAGAGCACGGUCGGGCACCGGAACGUGGAUCGAGAGGCACCGGAAUGCAAACAAAGCUCGCGGGCGCCUGUGCAGGGCUCGUGGGGAAGCCCAGAAAGUUUGUUUUAUGAUGGCUUGAGUGCGUGAGUGUGUGUUGCGGAGCGAGGCUGCCAAGUUUCUCUCUCCCGUGGCGUUAUUUGGGAGGAGAUGGCUCUCUUAUGAACCAGCAGAGGUUUGGGGGCUUUUGCUGGGGGGGCACCUGUCUCUCAUUUUCUUUUAUAUUUUGGAGGAGGGGUGAACCUCAUCAUGUCAAAAGUGAUUCAGAAGAAGAACCACUGGACUAGCAGGGUUCACGAAUGCACCGUGAAGCGGGGGCCUCAGGGAGAGCUGGGGGUGACGGUGCUGGGGGGCGCGGAGAACGGGGAGUUUCCGUAUGUCGGAGCGGUGGCGGCGGCAGAGGCGGCGGGGCUUCCCGGCGGCGGCGAGGGCCCGAAGCUGGGCGAAGGGGAGCUGCUUCUGGAGGUGCAGGGCAUCCGGGUGGCUGGUUUGCCCCGCUAUGACGUAUUGGGAGUCAUCGACAGCUGCAAGGAGGCCGUCACUUUCAAAGCCGUCAGACAAGGAGGCAGGCUGAAUAAGGACCUGCGACAUUUUCUCAAUCAGCGUUUUCAGAAAGGGUCCCCUGAUCAUGAGCUCCAGCAGAUCAUAAGGGAUAACCUUUAUCGCCACGCCGUGCCUUGCACAACCCGAUCUCCAAGAGAGGGAGAGGUGUCUGGCGUGGACUAUAACUUUCUGACUGUGAAGGAGUUCUUGGACCUGGAACAGAGUGGGACUCUUCUGGAAGUUGGCACCUAUGAAGGAAACUAUUAUGGGACACCCAAACCUCCUAGCCAACCAGUCAGUGGGAAAGUGAUCCCGACGGAUGCCUUGCAAAACCUUCAGUCUGGCUCCAAGCAGUCGACCCCGAAGCGAACCAAGUCUUACAAUGACAUGCAAAAUGCUGGCAUAGUCCAUGCGGAGACCGAGGAAGAGGAUGACGUACCUGAAAUGAACAGUAGCUUUACAGCCGAUUCUGGUGACCAAGACGAGCACACUCUCCAAGAGACAACGCUACCACCUGUGAAUAGUAGCAUCGUUGCUGCUCCCAACACGGACUCUUCUCAGAAGUUCCCUCAAUACCUACCUCUUUCUGCAGAGGAUAAUUUAGGUCCUCUACCUGAAAACUGGGAGAUGGCCUAUACCGAAAAUGGAGAAGUCUAUUUUAUAGACCAUAACACUAAAACAACAUCUUGGCUAGACCCCCGGUGCCUGAACAAGCAGCAGAAGCCUCUGGAAGAGUGUGAAGAUGAUGAAGGGGUACACACCGAGGAACUGGACAGUGAACUAGAACUGCCUGCUGGUUGGGAAAAGAUUGAAGACCCUGUAUAUGGUAUCUACUAUGUAGACCACAUCAACAGGAAGACACAAUAUGAGAACCCAGUUCUGGAAGCCAAACGGAAGAAGCAGCUUGAGCAGCAACAACAACAACAACAACAACAACAGCAGCCGCAACAGCCGCCACCAGAAGAAUGGACAGAAGAUCACUCAGCCCUUGUGCCUCCUGCUGUUCCAAACCAUCCCCCAAGCAAUCCAGAGCCAGCCAGAGAAGCUCCACUUCAGGGCAAACCUUUUUUUACACGAAACCCUUCUGAGUUGAAAGGAAAAUUCAUUCACACGAAACUGAGGAAAAGCAGCCGUGGCUUUGGAUUCACAGUUGUUGGAGGCGACGAGCCUGACGAAUUUCUUCAGAUCAAGAGCUUGGUCCUCGAUGGGCCUGCUGCAUUGGACGGCAAGAUGGAAACAGGGGAUGUCAUUGUCAGUGUGAACGACACCUGUGUCUUGGGACACACACAUGCUCAAGUUGUGAAAAUCUUUCAGUCCAUUCCCAUUGGUGCCAGUGUGGACCUUGAACUCUGCCGAGGUUAUCCAUUGCCUUUUGACCCAGAUGACCCCAAUACAAGUUUGGUGACUUCGGUGGCUAUUUUGGAUAAAGAACCAAUUAUCGUGAAUGGACAAGAGACCUAUGAUUCACCAGCCAGCCACAGUAGUAAGACUGGCAAAGUCAACAGCACGAAGGAUGCCAGGCCCAGCAGCCCCGCUGAUGUGGCUUCAAAUGGUUCCCAUGGUUACCCCAAUGAUACUGUUUCUUUGGCUUCCUCCAUAGCCACUCAGCCAGAACUCAUAACUGUUCAUAUAGUCAAAGGGCCUAUGGGCUUUGGUUUUACUAUCGCAGACAGUCCUGGUGGUGGUGGCCAAAGAGUGAAACAGAUUGUUGACAGUCCAAGGUGCCGAGGCCUGAAAGAAGGGGAUCUUAUAGUAGAAGUUAAUAAGAAGAACGUGCAAGCUCUGACUCACAACCAAGUAGUGGAUAUGCUGAUCGAAUGUCCAAAGGGAAGUGAAGUCACAUUGUUGGUGCAAAGAGGAGGGCUGCCAGUUCCAAAGAAGAGCCCAAAGUCGCAACCACUGGAAAGGAAAGACAGCCAGAAUAGUUCUCAGCACAGUGUUUCCAGCCACCGAAGUCUUCACACGGCAUCCCCAAGCCACAGCACACAGGUGCUUCCCGAGUACCCACCUGCAGACGCUCCAGCUCCCGAUCACACUGACAGCUCUGGGCAGAAAAAGCCAGACCCUUUUAAAAUCUGGGCCCAGUCCAGGAGCAUGUAUGAAAACCGACCUAUGUCACCUUCGCCUGCAUCGGGAUUGAGCAAGGGUGAAAGAGAGAGAGAAAUCAAUUCCACGAACUUUGGAGAAUGUCAGAUUCCAGAUUAUCAAGAACAGGACAUUUUCCUGUGGAGAAAAGAAACUGGAUUUGGAUUUAGGAUUCUGGGUGGAAAUGAACCAGGGGAACCUAUUUAUAUCGGUCACAUCGUACCACUGGGUGCUGCUGAUACGGAUGGUCGCCUGAGGUCUGGAGAUGAAUUAAUCUGUGUCGAUGGGACACCAGUAAUUGGAAAAUCACAUCAGCUUGUGGUCCAGCUUAUGCAACAAGCUGCCAAGCAAGGCCAUGUCAAUCUCACAGUGCGGCGGAAAGUGGUGUUUGCGGUUCCCAAAACAGAAAAUGAAGUGCCCUCGCCAGCCUCAUCCCAUCACAGCAGCAACCAGCCAGCCUCCCUGACAGAAGAGAAACGCACCCCGCAGGGAAGCCAGAAUUCUUUGAACACUGUGAGUUCUGGCAGCGGCAGCACCAGCGGGAUUGGCAGCGGAGGGGGCGGUGGCAGCGGUGUUGUGAGUACGGUGGUGCAGCCUUACGACGUGGAGAUUCGCCGAGGGGAGAAUGAGGGCUUUGGCUUCGUCAUCGUGUCUUCCGUGAGCAGGCCUGAAGCCGGCACGACUUUUGGCAAUGCAUGUGUGGCUAUGCCUCACAAAAUAGGUCGGAUUAUUGAGGGAAGUCCUGCAGACCGAUGUGGCAAGCUGAAAGUAGGAGACCGGAUCCUGGCAGUCAAUGGAUGUUCCAUCACCAACAAAUCCCAUUCAGACAUUGUCAACCUAAUCAAGGAAGCGGGCAACACAGUUACCCUCCGCAUCAUUCCUGGAGAUGAGUCCUCCAAUGCUACCCUCUUGACCAAUGCGGAGAAGAUCGCCACCAUUACCACCACACACACCCCUUCUCAGCAAGGGACCCAGGACCCAAGGAACACCACCAAACCAAAGCAGGAAUCUCAAUUUGAGUUCAAAUCUCCCCAGGCCACACAGGAGCAAGAUUUUUACACUGUGGAACUGGAAAGAGGAGCCAAGGGAUUUGGCUUUAGUCUUCGAGGGGGCCGAGAAUAUAAUAUGGACCUCUAUGUUCUGCGCUUAGCGGAGGAUGGUCCUGCAGAAAGGUGUGGGAAAAUGAGGAUUGGUGAUGAAAUUUUGGAGAUCAAUGGUGAGACCACCAAAAACAUGAAGCAUUCUCGGGCUAUAGAACUGAUUAAGAAUGGAGGCCGUAGAGUACGUCUGUUUCUGAAGCGGGGAGAUGGCUCGGUACCAGAAUAUGCGAUGAUACCUCCUAAUAUCGCUGCAUGUAUGAGAAAUGAAAAGCUCGGGGAGGCUUGCUUCUACCUUAUGGGCCAUAAUCAAACUACGACCCCAGCAGCGACCGGCACGGCCCCCCAACCGGUGCACAAGGUGUUCCGGAAAUGAGAACCGGACCAUCUGACCGCCGACAGCAUCCACCAUUGGAGUCCAGUUAUCCACCCGAUCUUCACAAAUCAUUACAACAUGGGGAAAAGCGGGCACACGUGAAAGACCCAAAAGGCAGCAGAGAACAUAGCAGACCGCCCAAUGAACACCACACGUGGAAUGGAACUUCUAAAAAAACCAACUCUGGGGUGUGCCGACCCAAGGACCGGGCACCAGAAGGACGAAGAGAAACACCACCUGAGCGGAUGGUGGCCAAUGGACCCAAGCGGAAGACUCCAGAGAAGUGGAGGGAAGGCACUCGCAGCGCUGACAAUACUUUGGAAAGGAGGGAGAAGCACGAGAAGAGAAGAGAGGUUUCUCCUGAGAAGAGAAGAGAACGGUCCCCGACCCGCAGAAGAGACCCUUCGCCCAGCCGUCGGAGGAGGUCUCUGGAAAGACUCUUGGAUCAGAGAAGAUCUCCAGAGCAGAGGAGAGCAGGCUCACCUGAACGGAGAGCAAAGUCCACCGACCGGAGGCGAGCCAAGUCUCCCGAGAGGAGGAGAGAGCGGUCCCUGGAGAAAAGGAACCGAGAGGACAAAGUCAGCCACCGAGAGAGGGAAGAGGCGAGUCUGAAACAGGAGGCUAGCAGAAGUUCCAGACAUCCCCCGGAGCAGAGACGGCGACCUUACAAAGAAUGUAGCACCGACCUCAGCAUAUGAGACUCUUGAGUCAUAUUACAACCUUUACUGUGUCAAAGGUUUUAAGAGGAAGGUCACAAACCUGGAAUAUUUUUUAGUUUCUUAACCUGAUGAAGCAUCUGAUACAUGAGAAUCCUAUGAAUUGCAACAAACAUUUUAUGCAUUUGAAAUCUUAUAAGGAAAAAAAUUAUAUAUAUAUGAAAAGUGUUGUGCCUGAUGUAUAAUAUUAAAGAAAGUAUUUUUAAAUCCAUACUUUUUUUGGAUAUUAUUUGCCAAAUGCUAGCCCAAAGGGAUAUACAUUUUGUUUCUACAUAACCUGUAGAAUUGUCGAGAAUUAUUCCCUUUUUGUCUUGGGCAAUCUUUCUCUCUCCUGGUUAAAUGGGGUUUUAAUUUUCUCUUAAGUAAGGGAAAUUAAGUUUAAUUCGAUAUAGACUUCUUUAGUGAUUUAGUGCUUAUACUGUAGUUAGGGUUUUUUUGUAAAAGAGCAAAAGACAAAAUUAUGUUGGUAAAACUUGAGGACUCUUAGCAUGGUUGAUCAUAAAACUAAGCAAACUCUUUGAUGAGACUACUACUGCAAAUGAAGGAUAUUUAUAGAAAAGCUACACAGCACAAAGAUAUUUUAUGUUCUUGACUUAACUGUCGGUUCAGAAAACAGUUUGUACUCUCCUUGGCCUUACAAAGGCACAGAGGCAAAAAGUUUGGCCACCAUUACCCAGACCUAGCCCUGGGACAAAUGGACGAGCUCAUUGGCAUCGCCAACAUCAAAUAAGAUCUCAUUAAGGCAGUGACAUCUUAGCUUCGCUCAACUCCUAGAAGAACGGAAACUAAAUGCCUUCUGUGUUGUCUGAUUUGAUGCUGAACAAUGGAUGAAACGGGGACAGUUGUACCCAGUGCAGGGGAAGUAUACAGAUAACCAAUACAGAAAGAAUGCUCCUUCUGUUUUCUGUAAACCAGUAGUUGUCUUUGCUACAUUGGAGAUAAGGACAAGAGCUGUAGAGUAAGGAACCUCAGUUAUUUAAAGAAGUGAAGUCUGGAGGUACUCAUUCUUAGAAAGGCUGAUUUCAAUUUGAAAUCAUACGAAAAAAUCUCCAGGAGGAUUAAGUAAUGGAUUAGGACGGGAUCCCAGUAACUUGAGAUCUGGUGGGGAAAUCUCUGUUCUCAGGACCCUGUGUCCUUUGCAGUGGGACAAAACGGUAGCAUUUUCAUUUUAUUCAAUGACUCGGUUUUUUUUGUGAUCCCACACGAGGUAUGGUUGGGUCUGCUGUAGCCUUGGGAAGUGGUUUAAAUGGAUAACUGCCUAGCUGAGCCAAAACGUUUGCUUGUACUUGUUGGACCACUAAAGCAAAUUGCUGCUUUCAGUGCAUUGUGUAUUUCCGUAGUACUGUUUUGCAUUUUCCAUACAAACACAUAGCUUUGCGAGUCAAUCACUGUUGUUCCCAUGAUACUGUAAAAAAAGAAAAAGUCAAAAAAAAAAAAAAAGAAAAAGAAAACCAGCCAAUCAUUGUGUGUACAAAGAUAAAAAUUGUAAUUAUAGAGCCUAUUGAAAAAAAAAAAAUUGUUGCCUUUUUUCUUGUAUAAAAGAGAAUUUAUGAUAAAAAUUUAGCUGUGAGGAUUGUGAUACGUGUUUAUAUUUCUCAACAUGGAACAAACUGAUUUGUGGGGGUGCAUAUUAAUGUAAACUAAAUCAGGUAUGUAAAGCUGUUUUAAAAUGGGAGAUGAUAUAAGAAAUUCUCUAAAGCUUUCGUUGGAUUGAGUAUCAUCAUUUUCUCCAUGGUGAGCUUACUUGUGAAUUAUUAAUCACUCAUGUGCAGUCUCUGUUCCUCACUAUUUUAUUUCUUGCAGUCUGCUCGCUCUGAACUUAAUGCUCUUUCGGUGUUGAUGAAAAGCAGUAUGUGGGCCAAUCUUUUUGUAAAACAUUAUGCAUAUAUAAAUACUACAUUGUUUGUAGCUUUAUUUGUCUUAUGGGUUUAUCCACAACAUUAGAAUGAGUAGCUGUAGUUGUGGACAUUCACAAAACAAGUUCCUUUCCUGGAACAGACACAAUGUACAUUCUGUAGCUAAAAGGAGAAGGGAGGAAACCUGUGAAUGCUAUUUUUAUUACCAAAUAAAUUUUUCCAUACAAAUAAUCACUGAGCUGUA